AUGGAGUGUCUCUACGGUCGAAUAUCCUAUGCGUCAUGGCGCUUGAGGCAAUUUCGUCAACUAGUCAACAAUAGUACCACCACCGCCACCAUUCAUGGCCCAAUUCCGUCUCAGCACCACAACCACCGCAUACGCACUUUAUCCACCUCGACCGACGAGCUUGAACCCCCACCUCCGCACUCAGCAGAUACCGCUACUAAAGAAACACCUGCCAAACCGCCCCGAGAACCUCGAGCCCAAAAGUCCCCCCGGCCGUCCUCCCUCCUCCCCAAAUCCCCGUUACUCACCGACCCGAAAUCCGGCUACGAGCGCCUGCACAAGAAGAAAGCCCGCGGCAAACCAUCGCACCUCAAAGAUGAUCUCUCCACGAACCCCUGGGCCGUGGCGCUGGCCACGCCGAUCCGCCAAUGCUCGCUGACGGGGCUCCGCAUGCCGACGGAGUUCAUGACCGGCUGGGGUCUCGAGGAACACCCCGAGGGCAAGAGUCUCUUCAUCCAUCCAUCCGAGAUCCUACCACCGGUGACCGUGCCCGAACCCGCUCCAUCGCCGUCGUCGUCGUCAUCAUCAUCAUCAUCGUCAUCUUCUUCUUCGACAGAUCAACCGAAGAAGACGCAGCAGACCUCCCAAGCGAUCCGUCACCUGCGGUUCCGGAUGGUCAACCGACUCACGCUCCUGAACACGGUGACGGAGACUUCGCGAAGGUCCAACAGGAGGAUCCCGGCCAUCGCGCUCGCGUUCCCGAUUCGCUGGCGGCCGCCGCUGGGGCCGAUGACGGACUCGAUGAUGGCGUCGUGCGUCUGGCGCCAGGACAUGCCGCAGUUCGUGACGCGGAUGAUGCGGCGUGAGGUGGGCCAGCGGCUGCGGAGGGCCGCGACGCAGUCGAACGACUCGCCCAAGCGGCAGGUCUGGACCUCGGUGCUGCCGCUGGAGGAGGACCAGGAAGAGGAUGGGGCCGCGCUCAUCGCCGAGGAGGCGCUGGUCGAUGCGCUGGCGAAGAUGGAGCCCGUCGCGCGCAUGGAGACGGGUGCGGUGCUGGUGCUGCGGCGCACCGACUCGCCUCAGCUGCCCCUGUCGGGCUUCUUCCGUCUGCCGCAGAUGGAUUCCAAGGUGCCCGUGUUCGAUAUGACGCGGUUACUGUCCGAGGAGGAUCUUCUCGUGUGUGGCAAAUUCCAGGGCCAGGCGGCGGUGUUCUUUCGACCGGACGACAAGCCCACGGUCAAUGCGAUGCUGGGCUUGUGGAAGCUGGCGGGGCUGUUGAGAGAUGAUCCGCAUCUUGAUCCG